AUGGGCUCCCAUGAUUUUUAUGAUUUUUUGAACUCGAUUCCUGAAGAAAUUAUGCAUAAAAAUUGGCAAAGAUCUUCGUUGUCAUUUGUGAUUGCUAUCACAGUGGAAGAGGAAGAAGAUAUUCAAAAGUUUAAAAAUUACACCCCAUCAUCUGAUACUAGUCCCGCUGCUCCUGAAGCAAAACCAGCUCCUUCCCCACCAAAGGAAGAGAAUGUUGAGAAGCCAGCCAGUGCUCCUGAAGCCAAGACUUCCAAGCCAAGCUCUGCUCCUUCAGAAGAUCGUAUUUCUGCUAGUCCUCUUGCAAAAAAGCUGGCUGAAGAUAAUAGUGUACCGCUCUCAAGCAUCAAAGGAACAGGUCCUGAAGGACGGAUAGUGAAGGCUGAUGUCGAAGAGUUCUUAGCUUCACGCGGUAAAGAAACUACUGCCAAGCCUUCCAAGCCCACCGACUCGAAGGUUCCAGCUUUGGACUAUGUUGAUAUCCCCCACACUCAGAUACGAAAGGUCACUGCCUCACGUUUGGCAUUCUCAAAGCAAACUAUUCCUCACUACUACUUGACCGUAGAUACAUGUGUUGACAAAUUAAUGGGUCUUAGGAGUCAACUGAAUUCAUUUCAAGAGGCUUCUGGUGGGAAACGUAUAUCUGUAAAUGAUCUUGUUAUUAAGGCUGCUGCAUUGGCUUUACGAAAAGUUCCUCAGUGCAAUAGUUCAUGGACAGACGAAUACAUCCGCCAAUUUAGCAAUGUGAACAUCAAUGUCGCAGUACAAACAGAAAAUGGGCUUUACGUUCCUGUUGUCAAGGACGCUGACAAGAAAGGGUUGUCUACAAUUGGAGAAGAGGUUCGGUUCUUGGCUCAGAAGGCCAAAAAAAACAGCUUGAAGCCUGAAGAUUACGAGGGAGGAACAUUCACAGUUUCCAACCUGGGAGGACCUUUUGGCAUCAAACAGUUCUGCGCUGUCAUCAAUCCACCUCAAGCUGCUAUUCUAGCCAUCGGAUCUGCUGAGAAGAGAGUUGUUACUGGUAGUGGUCCUGACCAAUUCAACGUUGCUUCCUACAUGUCUGUAACACUUAGCUGUGACCACCGUGUAAUAGAUGGUGCCAUUGGAGCUGAAUGGUUGAAAGCAUUCAAGGGCUACAUCGAGACCCCAGAGUCUAUGUUGCUCUAAACUCCACACACACACACGCCAAAGCUAAAGCUCAUAAGAGUAUGACAUGAAAUUUAUCUGGUUUAACAAUUCCUGCCAGAUUUGUUCCCUUUAGCCCUGUGCUGCUGUGCAUGCCUUCCAAAGUUUGCUUGCUCUUGCCAUUCUUUACGUUGAGUUGACAGAUUUUUUUUUAUCUCAAAAUAAAAUCAGGAAUCCAACAAGUUAACUGUUAAAUGUAUUGUUGGUUUCAUCAUGGGAUGGCAUCACAAUAAAACCGAUUUAUUAUUUGUUAAUUAUAACGAGAGAUGAGUG